AUGGCUUUAUGUUUCGAAAAAUUCUUAUCUGACAAAGCUACAAAAAGAAGAACUCGUAACUCCAUCAGCAGGCACAACAUAAUCAUCAAAGACAUCAAGGAUGAAGAAAUAAUCUGCGAAUUUAAUGAACAAUCAGAAGUAAUCGUGAAAGUUAUUGAAAAAGAAGUACAGACUGCAUCAUGUAGUUCCUGUGAGAAAUUUUGCGAGCAUCAAGAGAUAACUGUAAGAUUUCUAGCAAGUCAUACAUCUUUAAAGAGGAAAAUUGACGAUGACGAUAAUUCUAGUGACGAAGUUGAUAACGUUAAAAGAAUUAAGCUAUCAGAGAAUGAAGAAAACAGUCCAGCUGUGGCUAAUACAGUAAAAUAUCCUGAAAUAAAAAUAUCAAAAAAGAAGAAGAAAUCAAACCUUACUGAAAAGCAGCUUGAAGAGAUUAAUAAAGUUGGUGACAAGCUGAGAAUUGACAAUUUGAUAAAAUCCUUUGGCAAAAAAGGAAGCUACAAUGAGUUCUAUAAACACUGUGCUAAAAUCAUGUCUGAAAACAUGGAUCUUAUAAAAUUAGCUAAUAAGUUGACAAUCGAGCAGGCUGAUACAGAUUUAUGGCACCAAUUGAGAGUUGGGCGAGUAACAGCAAGUCGAUUGUAUGAGACAACAAAAUGUACUGUUAAAAAUGGAAGUUUGGUUGAUAAAUUUCUUGGAAAAUCAUCAGGCUGGUCAUUUAUGAUGAUGAGAGGAACUGUAUUGGAAGAAUAUGUCUUUAAGGAAGUCCAGAAAGAAUAUCCAACAUUAAAGCAAUGUGGUCUAAUCAUGUGUCAUAAAGUGCAUCCAUUAUUUGCAGCAUCGCCUGACGGCUUACAUGAGGACUUUGUGCUUGAAAUAAAAUGUCCAGGAACUGCAAACACUUUUCAGCAAUACACAAAUCUUGACAAGCUUAAUAAAAAGUAUUUUGCACAGAUCCAACUGCAAAUGUUUGUGACUGGAAAGAGAAAGGCACUGCUGGCUGUAGCAUCACUUGAUUUUGAGACAACAAGAAAGAUAACAAAACUGUGGAUUGAAUAUGAUGAAGAAUAUACAACACAAAUGAUUACGGAUGCAUCUGAAUUUUAUGAGCAGGCUGUUUAUCCUGCCUUAAAACGUAAAUUUUUACAUUAA